UGAAGCAGACCGCGGCCGUCAACAUCGAUCGCACACAGUCUUGGCUGUCUGCUCAAAGCUCCUACAUGGAGGCUAUUUGCGAGGACGAUGAGGUCACCGCCAGCUUCCAAGACAUCGAAGACGCGGUCCCACGCACUCCGGAUCAGCCAACGCCUCAGGUGGUCGACAUCUCUCCCAGCAAGAAGUCUGUCCGCUUCGCUACCGAAGAGACAGCAUCGCCGGUCGCCAUGUCGAUUGCUUCCACCGUCGCCAAGCGCGUCUCUCCCAUCCACGACGGGACCUUUUGGGAAGGUUGGCGUCAUGCUAAACGCUCGCAACGUGCUCGGGAUGUCUUCCAGCACCGACAAGCUCGUGCAGAAGCCGAGCAAGUUCGUCGUGUGAGCCUACAAAAGCAGCACGCCGAGCAGCUGCAAGGCAAAUACGAGAUCACAAACGCUGAGCGCGUCUCCCAACAACGACCUGUCUCAUCAUUCCUUCCUACCGCCGUGGACGACGACAAAGUUGAGAUCAUGGCCAAGGCCGAACGUGAACGACAAGCUCUUCAACAAAUGGAGUCCUCGUCUUGGCACGUCGCCGCGCAGAAGGAAGUGCACGGCGGCAAACUUCUCACCAGCCCAAUCGUGCAGAGUUUCAAGAACCGCAAAGACGUCCGCAUCCUCGAUGUCGCCGGCCAAGCACACUGUAGCUGGGCGUGGACUGUCGCCUACGAGCAUCCCAAUGCCACGGUCUACACGACCGUGUCCUCCGACGCCGAAGCGCAUGUUGCCGAGAUUUCCCUUGACGGCCCAGGGAACCAUGUCGUCGUCGCCUCGCCGAAACUUUGGGAGCUGCCAUUCGAAGGUAACCACUUCGACGUCGUCUCCGCUCGUAAUCUUUACACGCAUCUCAAGACUGUUUGGCCCAAGGGCGCCGCCGCUGAUGAGUGGGAUCUCACUCUUCGUGAAUGUCUCCGCGUGCUCAAACCGGGUGGAUACCUCGAGUUCGAUCUACUCGACGCGGAGCUCGUGCACGCCGAUGCUGCUAGUCAGGCGCUGGGAGUGGAGUUUGCCUUCAACUUGAAGACUCGUGGCUACGAGCCGUGCUCGGGAAAGAGUUUUCUGCCUCGCCUGAAGCGUGCUGGUUUCUGCGAAAUCAAGCGUGCGUGGAUGGUCCUCCCUGUCGCGGACGUUGUGCCCAAGUGGAACGAUGCUGGAAAGAAUGGUGGUGGCAGACAUGCUCCCGUCGAGCUGUCGAUCGCGACCGAUGGGACUGUGACAGAAUUUCAGCCGCCGCUCACUGGUAGCACCCAGGAUGUGCGUGCCAUGACGGGUCUGGUCGGUGCAAGGAUGUGGGAGCAGUGGAUGCUCAAGCUGAACAGCGAGAUGGGUCGCAGCGAGAAGAGGGUGUUGGACGAUGUGUCCAAGGCAUUGGAGGAGGGUGGAAAAGGACAAGCUGGCUGGAAAUGUUUGGUGGGUUGGGCGAGGAAGGAUGUCUGAGUGGUGGGAGAAGGUCGAGUUCAUUUGUCGUUGUUCAUAUAUUAUACCCCUCAAAAACUAAUAAUGGCCGUACACUCUCAUUCAGAUCCA